AUGACAUAUGUCAACCAAGCCAGCGUACUCACUGUGGGCAUUCUCUUUCUUGUUCUGGGUACCGGUGCUGUUGCUGCUCGCCUCUAUGUCAAAUAUCAGAGUUCGAGCCUGGGGGUGGAGGACUGGCUGACAUUGGCAGCAUGGUGCCUUGUGACAGGGGACGCAAUCAUAAUGGUCAUCGGGUCUGCGACGAACACAGUCGGAAAUCACGCAGAAAAUAUCCCCGCGGAUGAUAUCUGGCCUCGAGUUUUCAUAGCAAUGCUCCAAUUCUACUUUGAUCUGAUCCAGACCCUCGCUCUCGCCUGUCUCAAACUGUCAGUCCUAUGGUUCUACCGCCGAAUCUUUGUGGGACAGCUAUUUCAAAUCGCCAGCUGGGCGCUAAUCGGCCUGGUAGCAGCCUGGGGCGUCGCUUUCGUGGUGGCGCGAAUCUUGUCCUGCGGUCCCGAUGUCCAUGCUAACUUCGAGUAUCCUGAGAGUAUGAAGUGCAUCCAUACCUUCGUCAUCUAUAUCGCCCUUGCUGCAACAGAUGUGUUCGUCGAUCUGGUGAUCUUGGCCAUCCCUGUACCUCUUGUUCUGUCUCUGCAAAUGCCCCUACACAAGCGACUUGGGAUUGUUAUGAUUCUGCUGGUCGGAAUGGGUGCAACGAUAUGCGGAAUCGUCCGUCUGAGCCUUUUCAGUAACAUCCUCGCGCCCGCCUUCAAAACGUUGGCAGUUUCUCACAACAGCUUGGCUUCUGAGGACAACGUCGGAACCGUCAGCAUCUUCAUGUUCUGGUCCAUGCUCGAGAUUGGCGUCGGAGUCAUCGCCAUCUGCCUUCCGAUCCUCUAUCGACUCGUGCGAGACGUCCCCUUCCUGUCGAUUGUCCGGAGUCUCUGGACUUCGUCGGCAAGAGCUUACAGCCGCCCUCCGGGGCGAGGCUCUGGUGGAGGAUACCGUUCAGUCGGAUCCAUUUCAAAGUUAAAGAUAUGGUCUAGGCGCAUCAGCGGGUCGGGCCAUCACCAUCGCAGUGGCGGUGAUUGCAAGGACAAGGCGAAUGGAAGCGCGGACGAGCUACGGGUGCCGUUGAGCCCUGCGCAGGGUCAUUCACACCUUCUUUCCACAGGCCCUUCAGCUCGAGAGCAGAAUGCUAUGGCUCCAAAUGUCCCGGAGAGUGGCAGGAAGGCCAAGGGGCAGAUCUGGGAGAUGAAGGAAAUUAAGCAGACGUAUGAUAUUGUGUGAAAGCCCAGUAUGCGAGUCUUGAUAUUGAUUCUCUGCUGAGCCUGCAGAUCAAGCAUUGGCUGCAUCGUAAGAUAGAAUUGGAGGUUUCGCUUGGAGACAUUGUCAAAGCCAGGUCCGUCGGCAACAUCUCAGCAAUGGUUGCAGACCAUCUGCGUUUGAGAUACGGAGUGGGUGAGGAAGAGGCUGCUGCUUUAGCUGCUUAAAUAUCUUCCGGAGUUCUUUUUGCCUUGGUGGUGGCCUUGCGUUUUGCGUGGCCGCUUGACACUUUUAGCCUGGCAUAUGAUGACAGGCCUAUUUUCUAUGACCAUUGCAUCUCAUACCAUCCAGCGUUGCUAUCUGGACUCGGGUACAUCUGACGGAGGACCUCGGGG